AUGAACAGCUUUAGCACGACCACUCCCCUACAAGACGUCCACUACAGGCGUGCAUUCAGUGACGAACGCGAUCGCAUUGACUGCGAGGUUCAGGACCUUCUUCGAGAAGUAAACGCACUGGUUUCGCGUAUCAGAUCUCUGCGCCAGCGCCGCAACGAACUGGAGCCUGUCUUCCGUUUGCCCUCCGACGUCGUGUCUCGCAUUUUUCGCUUGUACAAGUCAGCUCAAUACGAGGAUAAAUUCCCCUCCGGCUACGCGUACUCUCAAGUAUGUCAAUGCUGGCGACAAGUCGCGCUCAACACUCCCGCCCUCUGGUCCGCCGUUCCUCGCAAGACCGUGGAGUUGACCCGCACCUUCCUUUUGCGGUCACAAAAAACUCCUAUAUCCUUCUCCGUGAACGGGCGUAACACCUCCCAAGACGCGAUCUCUGCUGUUCUUUCCCAUUUGGAUCGCAUACAGACGUUUGAUCUGUCCACGACACGUAACCUCGUCAUGAAGAAUUCGGCGAGUCUCUCUCAGGCAAGCCCGCUUCUCGAACGCUUCUCCAUGUGGAGCAGCGAUCAUCAGCCCGACUUCCCGACGAUUUCCUAG